GACCUCUUGCUCAUAGUUCUUGCAAAAAGCUGAAAUGUGUGUGUAGCCAAUCGACUGAAGAAAAUCUAACUAAAUUGUCAUUGAUUAGUGAAUUUAACCGUGCAAAGUUUUAAUUUAACCGGAUUUUUAAUAAUAAAGCCAUACAAUGGAUGUCUAGAAAAUUAUCGGAACUAAUAUUUAGCGAGAAAACGCAUGAGCAAGGAAGAAAAUCGCCGAGAAAAUAUAGUAACGCAACUUCUUGCACGCCACAGUCUGACGACACAAGAAGAAGAAGAAGUAGGCAGCCAGACAGAAGUAUACCCGGACAGACAAAGCGACCGACAUAGUACGGCAGCGACGUCGACGCCAUUGGAUAAGGCGUUGAGACGGGCAUCAAUUGGUCAUAACCCCAUCGACAGUCGCAAAACUGCGACGCCGUUGUCAGUUUUGGAAGAGAAUUCGCUCGGAAAAGCAGAACGGCAGAAUAUUUUUUGUUUCUGAUUCUGGCAGAAGGCUUUUUUUCAUCUAAGCCAAAGACUUAUUUGGUUUGACUUGUUUUCUUUGUGUUUGUUGAGACGGGCGACAGAAACGAAACAACACAGCUAGGGAGCCAGAUAACACGGAAAACUGCAAUAUCUUCACAAAAUGAAGCCAAAAUAAAACACCAUAGCUUAUUUGUUACAAUGGAGACUGCAAACAGAAUCGGAACUAUGGAAAAUUGAAGAAAUGUAUACAUAAAUGCAGAAAAGGUCUGAGAAAAAACCUAUCAAGCGAACAAGAGCAACAGCAAAAACAACAAUAGCAAUCAAGAGAGCAAGUUUGAUUGUUAACAACUAGCAGAACGUAACGCUUAAAGCUGUUGGGAUAUAUUUGAUAAAAGACUGUAGUACAGAAUGGUUGUUGGUUCACAUCACAGCCGUCGUAGUGAAACUGCAACAAAAUACGCCAACUCAACUGCGGCUGCUACUGCCACUGCCGGCAUUAAUUUAACCACAUUGAGCAGUGCCAUUGUUGCAACCAACAACAAAACACAUUCAAUGUCUGCAAAUGGUCAUUACAGUUCCACCAGCAACAAUCAUGGCCAUACAAAUCAUCAUAGCAAUGGCAACAAUGGUUAUCACUUGCCGCUUAGUGGUAUUAAUGGGUCCACACAUAGUAUUGUAUCUCGACUCUCACAAUCCACCGGCAUGACUCCCAAGGAGUUAUCCGAAAAUGAUGAUUUAGCUACAUCGUUAAUAUUGGAUCCGCAUUUGGGGUUUCAGACGCACAAAAUGAAUAUACGUUAUCGUCCCUUGAAGGUUGAUACAGCCCAACUGAAAUCAAUUGUCGAUGAAUUUAUACAAACACAAAAUUACGAAGUGGCUGUAAAGAAGAUUUUCAGUGGUCCAUGGUUACCGCGUAGUUUUCGUAAUAAAAAUAAAAUGGCGAUUAAAAAAUUGCAUGAUCAUAUAAUUCGCUAUUUACGAGUGUUUGAUAAAGAUAGUGGUUUUGUUAUAGAAGCCUGUUAUCGUUACUCCCUGGAAGGACAAAAGGGGGCAAAAAUAUGUGCCACAAAACGUUGGCAAAAAAAUGAUAAGAUCGAAUGCCUUGUCGGUUGUAUAGCUGAGCUAACGGAAGCCGAAGAGGCUGCCCUCUUGCAUACCGGAAAAAAUGACUUCUCCGUAAUGUACAGUUGUCGUAAGAACUGUGCCCAAUUAUGGCUGGGACCUGCAGCCUAUAUUAAUCACGAUUGCCGUGCCAAUUGCAAGUUUGUGGCAACUGGCCGUGACACGGCUUGUGUAAAAGUGUUGCGUGACAUUGAAGUUGGCGAGGAGAUCACUUGUUUCUACGGCGAAGACUUUUUCGGCGAUGCAAAUUGUUAUUGUGAGUGUGAAACCUGCGAACGUAGAGGAACAGGCGCAUUUGCGGGCAAAAAUGGCAAUAGCCAAUUGGGUGUUGAUUCUGCGCUGGCGCUGGGUUUAAAUGGAGCUUGCGUUGUGGGUGAUGCUAACGCCAGCGGGGGAUAUCGUUUGCGGGAAACCGAUAAUCGUAUAAAUCGAAUAAAAAGUAGAGCCAACUCAACCAACUCUACAAAUACCGAACUCACAAAUGGAGCAUUAAGUGAUAGCAAUGCUUCGGGGAAUAUUGUUGGUAACUGCAACAAUAGCUUGGGUAAACAUGUGGAUGUAAGCUCUGACACGGCCUUGAACAAAAAUAACAAUGUGGUUGUAACACCCUUAACAAUGGUGGAAUUGCGACAAAAAGGCAUGACCAAAUAUGAUGCUGAGAUGAUAAUGGCCGCCAAUGGCAUGAAACAUCGUCAUAUACCUUCGGCCCAUAAUGUGAAUAAUAUGCAAAAUCAUCAGCAAACCAACCAAUCGGAGAAUACAGAAAAUGUAACGGCGACACAGCAAAGUAAACCUGCAGAAGCAAAUCUACCACGUGUUGGUGGAUAUAGGGAGACAUUAAGAAAAUCUGCACGAGUGAAUAGUACAAGCAGUACAAUAUCAUCUGGGUCAACGGAGGAUUUUGCAAGUUUGGGAAAUACCACUGCUGCACGGGGGACAUCAUCAAAACCAGGAACAGCCGAUGAACCCAAAAGUAGCGCUGCUACAACCACCAGAAGAAAUCUUAGAAGAACGGCGGCAACAGUUGCGGUAGCAAAUAUAGCCAAUACGAAUGUGGCAAAAACGACACAACAACCAUCUGCGCGAGGUCAGGUGUCGGUCAGUAAUGCUCAAACCACAACAAAAACGACACGGCAAACACGUUCAACUGCCGCUGCAGCUGUGGGCAAUUCAUCUAAUUCAUCGGAAAACUUGGCAGUGGAAGAUACAGUCAUACUAAUCUCAGAAUCUGAAGCUGAACAGACAGAUGAUAUGGAAACCCCAAUAGCACGAUGUUCUUCCGCCAUAGUUCAGAAGGGAAUGGUAGUAGAUACAUUAAAAAAGGUAUCAUCAAAACAUGAAGAAAAUCAUUUGGAGCCUGGUUUGCAUUCCGACGAAAACACAUUGGGAAAAAAGCAGCCGCUACCACAAAGGCGUUUGACGCGUAAUGGUGCCGUUUUACAUAACACAACGACAUCCCGAGUCUUAAGGCACCAUCAUCAUCAUCACCAACAUCAGGAAACAGCUACCGCCACCACCAUGGAAAGCGAGUCCACCAAUAUCACUUCAUCAGCAACAGCGGAAGAAACCCAUUCAAAUCUUUCAAAAGCCCACACGAACAGUAAUGUGGCCAACAAUAAUCAUAAAAUGUAUAACCAUAAUAACCAUGUACAUCAUCAUCAUCAUCACCACUCACAUCAUAAACAGAAACAGUACCAUCAUCAGCAUCAGCAUCAUUUGGAUAAUAAUAAUGUCAAAAGUAGCGAAACUGCAACAAAUUUCGAACAAACUAUUCCAAAGGGUGAGACUAGGAACAUUAGCAACAGUAGCAGUAGUAGUAAUGGUAGUAAUUGUAGAACUCAAACGAUCAACGACAUUGUCGAUGACGACGAUCAUAGUGUUGUUGUGGUGGAGAACCAUACAAAGGAGCAGGUCGAUGUAAUUAUGAUUGAGGACAAAAACAGAGAAGAAAUUAAACAACAAAUCAGCACUGGGGAAAAUUGUGUGGACAAUAAACUUCGGGCAAAUAAUGCGCAAAAUAGUAGUCCAAGUUUUAAAAAGAAUUUGAUAGAUUCAUUUGAAGAAGUUGCCAAAGGCAAUGAUUACACAUUUGUUGGUAAUAGUAGUAGUUUUUGUAGUAAUAACAGUAGUACUGAAAAUAGUCUUAGACAUUCUCAAAAAGUCCAUGCGGCGGCCGUUGUUGCUGAACAAAACGAAACUGAACAGGAGGUGCCGCUGUGUCAACGUUUAAGGCGUCACGUGGUGACACGCCGUACCAGUUCGUCUAAUCAAGAGACUGUGAUAACAGAUACUCACCACCAUCAUGUAGGUGGUGGUGGCACACGUAAACGCAAGCAUUCUGAAAGUAUCUGUGAGUUACCAAACAUCGUCGAUGUAAACUUUACUGCUACAAGUUCAACUCCACUGCCAUUGGCAAAUGUUAGUGCAAUAGGUGGUGGUGGUGGGGAAAUGAAUGCUGGCUCGACGGUGGAACCUUUACUAAAGACACCCGAAAGACGGUUGAAAUUAACUUUACGCAUGAAACGGUCGCCCAUUCUCGAUGAGGUAAUUGAAUCUGGCACCAGUUUAAGUGAUGAAAGUAGCAGUGUUACCGGUGGCUCAUCAACAUGUAGCCGAUCCUCUUCCGAGCCGGUAGAAUAUGAAAUUUUGCGUAUGGAAGGCAUAACAGAAAAUGGCCUAGAUUUUGAUGAGAAAGAUGUUAGGGGAACUGGUGGCACUACACAUAAUAAACGAAAGAAACGACAUAAAUCCAAAGAUCAUCAUCAUCGGCGACAUCAUCACAGGCGUAAUCUCUCGUCGAUCGAAGAGCUGGAACAGCAUAUGGAGCGAAUAGUAGAAUCCAAAGAAACCACUCCCCCACCAUCAGCAGCAGUGCCAGUUGGUGGACUUACAUCGAAUACAAACAAUCAAAUGACACCUCAAAAGAAACGUCUACGUUUGAUAUUUGGCAAUGAGACCCAUACUAUAGACAUUCCACCAACUUCAACAGCAAAUGCCAAUAGCUUUUUGGAUGAUUCGUUGAAUGAAUCUUCAUCUGUCAACACUUCUACCAAUAAUAGCACAAUGCACAGCUCCUCGGGGGAGUCUUCAAUUGUGAAUUUGUCGUUGACGUCUUCCACGGAAGCUGCUGCAUCUUCUGUUGCUUCACCACCUGCCUCGCUAUCAAUUUCAAAUUCCUCCUUUGCCUCAAACUGCAGUGCAGUUGCCGCAGUUGGUACAUAUGGCAGCAGUAGUACCACUGCUGCUGCUGCUGGGGGUAUUUUUUCUUUGGAUGAACCUGCCAAAGAACCUUUAAAUCUUUCCCUGGGAGCUUCUCCCAAACACAAAUUGUCAUCAACAACUUUGCAUGGUAGUCAAACGUCGGCUCUAACAUUUCCCAGCAAUUUGGAUAGUAUUUCGAAUGCUCCUAGUAUCAUGCCACACUCCCUAGUUCCUCCGCUAUCCUCCACCACACAAUCAUCAUCAUCAUCCACAAGUUCGUCAUCGACAGCGUCGUCGUCUAUUUUUUUCUCACAAGCCAUACCCAAACAUACAUUUGGCUCCUGUGCGCUCAUUGCGCCCUCAUUUGCCCGUAAUCUGGUUAACAACAAUGUAACCAUUACAGCUGCCAAUAUGUCUCCGUUACGUUUGUUAAGUAAUAACCAAACAACAGCAACAACAACAAAUAGUAAUAGUAGUAAUUGUAGUAACCAUAACAUCCAUACUGCCUCAUCUUUACCUUUAAGCCUUACAGCUACGGUUACCACCACAAAUACAAAUGCAAAUGCGUCAACAACUAAGAAAAGUACUGAUCUCUUAACUCCUCAUUGACCUUUAAUAAAACAAAGCGAAAAACUAUUUGCAUAGUAUUAAAAAAAUAUGUAAAUAUUAAAGAAAGUAAAUAUUAAAAAAAAUAUUUAAUUAUAAAUAAUUAUGAAAAAAACUAAGAAAAAACGAGAGAGAAAAAAAAAACACCUCCGCCCUUUCCAAAAAAAGUAAAAUUUUGGAAACAAAAAAAAAAAUCAUCUAACAUCAUAGAAUCGCAAACCCUUUGGGAUUUUAAGAGUAAUGUGUGAAUGUUAUUAUUCUAAGAGAAUAUGUUUUCUUUUUUUUUCUAAAAUCAAACAACAUAGCUAGCAUGUAAUGUUCUCAAUAAGUUCAAAGUUAUUUGUUGUUAUAAAGAAGAAAAAACAAACAACCAAGAUUUUAAAGGUUAAGGCAUUUUAGCAAAUUCCCUCAUAUUUGUCCUCCUCAAAACCCCAUCCCUCAGUUUUUUUUUUUUUUGAUAAAUUUUUAUUUUUUUUUUUUUUUAGAAAAAUAUGUUACUGCCAAAGUGUUCGAUUGCAAACAUUUUGUUUUGUUGCCAUCGUUCGACUUUUCGAAAAUAAUUUAUUGGUUUUAAUUUCUUUUUUUUUUUAUUUUUUAAUUUGGUUUUUAUCUAUAUUUUAUUUUUUAUUACAAUCCUUAUCAUUUACUUAAUUGUGAUCCAUAUUGCUUAGUUUUAUAGUUUAGAUUUAAUACAACAAUAGGCUGUAAGUUAUUCAUAUUUUGUCCAUCAAAAUGGUUUAAUUUUUUUUUACUUAUAUCAAUUAAGUAAAAUUUUUAGUAAAAUACACACACCCAAUCAUUUAUAUUUAAAAGAAAAAUGGUUUACGUUCUUAUUUUA